ACGCGACAAAAUCAACAGUGCAGCUUCAACUACCAACCGCGUCGUACGUUGAUCGUGCUGAGAAAUAUCGAUCUAGGUAUCACGGUUCACUGGUGAUCUACACACUGUAAUUCGUGUCCCUCGCGAAUGGAAAGGUGUUUUCAAUCGAUACUGCUUUCCAGAAUUCUUCGGCUGUCAUGUAACGUGUCUCAAUAUGUUAUUUCAGCGUAAAACUUACUCGAGUGUCUCGUUCAAAUUUUAGCAGAAUUCACGUAGUUAACGUAGAUCAUUAACUCGACCAUCACGAUGACUACUGAGAAGGAGGAGAAAGCGAAGAAGCUGAAGUAUCCCAAGUCGAUAUUUUUUAUCGUGUCCAAUGAAUUCUGCGAGAGAUUCUCUUUCUAUGGAAUGCGUACUGUACUGACGCUUUAUCUAAGGAAUCAAUUAAACUACGACGAUAACGCAUCUACCGUCAUAUAUCAUGUGUUCACGAUGUUCGUAUACUUUUUCCCUAUAUUCGGAGCGAUGCUGGCGGAUUCCUUAAUGGGAAAAUUUCACACCAUCUUAUACUUGAGUAUCAUUUAUGCUCUAGGCCAACUUCUGCUAUCUUUAAGCGCUGCGCCCCCAUUACAUAUAUCUCCUAGAGAAUUUUCAUUGCUUGGCCUACUCCUUAUAGCCCUUGGCACAGGCGGUAUAAAACCUUGCGUGGCUGCAUUCGGCGGCGAUCAAUUCAUACUACCGCUACAGGAGCGAUACUUGUCCACAUUCUUCUCCCUGUUUUACUUUUCUAUCAACUUCGGAUCUCUGAUCUCGAGCUUCCUCACGCCCGUGCUUCGUAGCGAGGUCACGUGUUUCGGCGAAAAUACCUGUUAUUCUCUGGCAUUUUUUGUGCCAGCCGUUCUUAUGACGUUAUCCGUCGUGAUAUUCCUUCUUGGGAAACCUUUGUACAGAAUAACCAAGCCGACGGGCAACGUCGUUUUGAAUGUUUCUAAGUGCGUUUCUUACGCUGUCUACAAAAAGUUUACGUCAAAGAAUGAGAAAAGGGAGAAUUGGCUCGAGUAUGCGGAUGACAAGUACGAGAAAUCACUGAUAAACGAUAUUAAAGCAGCUCUGCAGGUGAUGAAAUUGUUUAUCCCGAUACCGAUAUUUUGGGCACUUUUCGAUCAGCAAGGCUCUCGAUGGACGUUUCAAGCAACCCGAAUGACCGGCGAAAUCGGAAACUUCCUGCUUCAACCAGAUCAGAUGCAAGUGUUCAAUCCUUUUUUGGUGCUCGCCUUUAUACCUUUGUUCGAGACUUGUCUCUAUCCUCUUAUGAGAAAGAUCGGCUUACGAACUCCGCUGAGAAUCUUGUCUAUCGGCGGUUUCUUAGCUUCUUUGUCGUUCGUAGUAGCGGCCAUGGUUGAAUUUCAGCUCGAGAAAACGUAUCCGGUUUUGCCUUCGAAAAAUUUCGCACAAUUGCGCCUUUUCAAUACUCUGGAUUGUCCCGUAACUAUAACGACGCAUAAUCCUGAAUUAUCUUUUGUCCUCGAAAGUAUGGAUAUGUGGGAAGACAAGUAUAUCGAAGCGAGUGGCGAAGCAGUAUGGCGGUAUAGGGCAGAUUUUUCAAAAUGCAAUAGAGCCGAUAUCACGAGAUUCAAUGAAACAGCUGGAACGAUCGUGUUACCCGAAGGCAAUGCGACUUCUUACGUUGUAACGCAGAGAAAUGAACUUUAUAGUUACACGGAUUCGGUGGAUAAAUCGACCUCUGGCGAACCUUUGAUACGCGGGCUCGUCUACGUAAAUUCAUCGUGGGACCCUGUCCCUCUGAAAUUUAUGAAGGGCGACGCAACAGUCUUUGAAUUCAAGAUAAAUGGUACUUCGCUUCAGGAAACCAGGCUAGCUGAACUCAAACCUGACACAUACGAUAUUCAUUUGAACGGUACAUUAGUAAAGAAAGACGUACGUCUCAAACUUGGUGGAGUUUACACGGUGGUCGGAUCUGUUAUUGGAGAAAAGUCGAUGGCUAACGUUGUAACUGUAACCGAACCAAAUUCCAUGCAUAUAUUGUGGUUGAUUCCUCAAUAUGUUAUUCUCACGAUGGGCGAAGUCAUGUUCUCGGUGACUGGCUUAGAGUUUGCAUUCACGCAAGCCCCUGCCAGUAUGAAGUCCCUUUUACAGGCUUCUUGGCUGUUGACAGUAGCUUUUGGCAAUCUCAUUGUAGUCAUUGUGGCGGAAAUCUCGAUUUUCGAUCGUCAGGCUUAUGAAUUCCUUUUGUUCGCGGGAUUAAUGUUCAUCGAUAUAAUUAUUUUCGCUGUAAUGGCGAAAUUUUACAAGUACGUAGACGAAGGCGAAAUUACCGAAGAAACCAUUCAAAUGAGCCAAGAAACUGGAGCGUUUAAUGCGUCUUAUCAUCAAGAUGAGAAGUGAUCUAUCGUUGUGAAACUACGUGUACGCUUUACACUUUACGACUUCUGCGUCUCAAGUACUUGUGAGUAAGUACAUAUAUGUAUACACACAUGUGCAUGUAUAUGCAUGUAUGUAUGUACUUAACUGCGACGUUUUAGGACAAUUACGUUGCGAGUUCAGACUUAACAUCGUGAAUGUUUUCUUAGUCUCUAAAAUCUAAAAUAUGCAUCGAUCGCAAGAUUUGUACAUAAUCGCUGCGAACGGCGCGUAUCUUUUACGUCGAUUUCUACCUUACCUCAAAGGUAAGAGAAUGUUUUCCUGAAAAAUAGAAAGAAAAUUUCAGAUCACGAGUUGGCAAAUUGUUUCUCAUAAAAUACGAAAAGUACAACGAAUAAUUCUUUUGUAUCGUUUUCGCGUAAAAUAAACUACUUCCACUCGACUAAUUCCAAUAAUUUCUUUACACAAGUGAUAGAAAAUUAUAAUUUUUAUAUUCGUAGAAACGAAAUGGAGCUUUAUAUGACGUAAAAGGUAACGAUGUUUUAUAAAAGAUAGCUAUUAAUUAGCCGAACGUAUUAGCCUAUGUCGCUUAUAGUAUUUAUUAUACCGCAAAGAUUCAAGUCUCAAGUUUCAAGAUAGCAUAAAAAUCUACUGCAUACAAAUAUUCGUAUCAUAUUUUCUGCGUGACUUAUUUUCGCGACACUUGUGAAACUUGUACAUAAACCUAUGAAUAAAUGUACAUAUUUUUCUAAACA